AUGGUUGUAUACUGGGAGUACAAGAAUCACGGAAAUUCUGAUGAAGUUCAGGUUUUAUGUCAUACACCAGUUCCAAGAUCUUCUGGAUUACCUGUUGGAAUAGAAAUUGCACAAAUAAAGAGAUUAAAACUAGCAAUGCGGAAGAUGGAUGGCAAGGGGGCAAAAGUAUUUAAAGCUAAGGAAGCCUUGGAGGAAGCCAACACAACAGUUGAACAAAUAUUUCUCCUUGUGUUCACAUUUGUCCAGUCCCCCUUUCACAACAAACCAUAUGCCAUCAGCAGGAAUGAGAAAUUUUCAAGGUACUGCUCUAACCAUUCCAUGGACAAAGUUCUUCAAUAUCAAAUACCUUCUCCCCUUUCUCUGAAUUUGCUGGUACCAACACAUGUUGGGGAGCACUUUCAUCUGCAACAAGAGGAUCUUGCUGGCUGCGGUGAACAAGGUGGAAGGUACACAGUCUUGCAUCUUCCCUUAUUAAAUGAGAGGAAUACUGGAGCAGUGUUCGCCUCUGCAUUUUCAGCACCUAAAGAUUGGCUAAUUUAA